CUGUCUCUCUAUAAAAGUCUAAUGGACUUUCUCUCUCUUCUGCUUCACUUCCUUAUGUUAUAGACUUUUCUAGUUUCUACUUCCCUUCAGUUUGUAUAUUUUGGGAUUAGGGUUUCGAGUUUUUGGAGGCUUUACUGGGUUUCAGAGGAGUAUGGAUCCUGAAUCCGCUUCUUCCACCCGGGACUCCAAGCUGAAAUUGUAUACGACUACUUUAUGUCUGGCAUAUCAAAGUUUUGGGGUCGUAUAUGGUGACCUAAGCAUAUCACCAAUCUAUGUUUACAAAAGCACAUUCUCAGGGAGGUUGAGACUUCACGAGGACAAUGAUGAAAUUCUUGGGGUACUUUCUUUGGUUUUCUGGACUUUGACUCUUAUCCCUCUCUGCAAGUACAUUAUAUUUGUAUUAGGAGCAGAUGACAAUGGUGAAGGUGGAACAUUUGCUUUAUAUUCAUUACUCUGUCGGCAUGCGAAGGUGGGUCUUUUAAGCACUUUCCAUGCAUCAGAUGACAACACAUCCUUUUACAACUCUGGACCAUCUUUGAAGGAGACUAGAAGCAGUUCUAUUUUGAAACAAUUCUUUGAGAAGCAUUGGAGUUCUCAAAUUGUAUUAUUGCUAUUUGUGCUUCUGGGGACUGGCAUGGUUAUUGGUGAUGGUGUCCUGACCCCAUCAAUGUCAGUGCUUUCUGCAGUUUCUGGUGUUAAAGUCAAGAUUCCGAAUCUACAUGAGAAUUAUACUGUAUGCAUUGCUUGUGUGAUUUUGGUGGGACUGUUUGCCCUUCAGCACUAUGGAACGCAUAGAGUGGGCUUUCUUUUUGCUCCCAUCCUGAUAGCCUGGCUGUUAAGUAUCAGUGGGGUGGGAAUUUACAACAUACUACACUGGAAUCCUCACAUUGUCAGUGCUCUGUCACCAUAUUAUGCAUAUAAUUUUUUCAAGGAGACUGGAAAAGAUGGAUGGAGAUCUCUUGGAGGCAUUGUCCUUUGCAUUACUGGUGCGGAGGCCAUGUUUGCGGAUCUUGGUCAUUUCUCUCAGAUAUCUAUCAGGCUUGCAUUCACACUAUUUGUGUACCCUUGCUUGAUUCUGGCUUAUAUGGGUGAGGCUGCUUAUCUUUCCCAGCACAAAGAGGACCUUCAGAGCAGCUUCUACAAAGCCAUCCCUGAGGUUAUAUUUUGGCCGGUCUUUAUCAUAGCGACUCUUGCAACAGUGGUGGGAAGUCAGGCUGUUAUUUCCGCUACGUUCUCUAUCAUCAGCCAGUGUAGGGCUUUGAGUUGCUUCCCACGUGUUAGGAUAAUACAUACAUCAAACCAAAUACAUGGGCAGAUUUACAUACCUGAGGUGAACUGGAUUCUAAUGUUCUUGUGCCUUGCCGUUGUCAUUGGCUUCAGAGAUACUGACAUGAUAGGCAAUGCUUAUGGACUUGCGGUAAUCAUUGUAAUGUUGAUUACCACCUGCUUGAUGUUUCUUGUAAUUGUUAUGGUUUGGAAGCGAACUAUUUUGGUGGCAAUCACAUUUGUGAUCAUUUUUGGAUCCAUAGAGUUGCUCUACUUCUCCGCAUGCAUAACCAAAGUCCACAAAGGAGGCUGGGUCCCUAUUGUUCUCUCCCUGAUAGUUUUAUUUUUUAUGAGCAUCUGGCACUAUGGGACUUUGAAGAAACGUUCUUUCGAGUUGCAGAACAAGGUAUGCCUGGAUACGCUCCUAACACUGGGGCCAAGCCUUGGCAUAAAUCGUGUUCGUGGUAUUUGCCUAAUCUACUCCAAUGUGGUCUCAGGGGUCCCACCAAUGUUUGCUCACUUUGUGACCAACUUUCCUGCCUUCCAUGAGAUCCUCGUAUUUGUGACUAUUCAGUCUCUUACAGUUCCAAAAGUUCCAGCUGAGGAGCAAGUCCUUGUCAGCCGCAUUGGCUCACCAGAAUAUCGUCUCUUUCGGUGCAUUGUUAGGUAUGGUUACAGAGAUGUAAGGAAGGAUACUUAUGCUUUUGAGGGUCAUGUGCUAAAUUCCGUGGCAGAGUUUUUGAAGGGAAAUAGUGAUGGUUGUGUUGAGAGUGGAGCAUAUGGAGGUGAGAUGACUAUGAUUCGGCAGCCAUCAAGCCAGCUGGUGGAUGCGGUUAUCAGGCAACCAGAGAAUGGAGCUGCGACUGGGACAAGCCGGAGAAAAGUGAGAUUUUCAACUGUGGGACUCAACAAGGAAGUGGAAGAACUUGAGGCAGCAAGGGAAGCUGGACUGGCAUACAUGAUGGGUAAUACCUGUGUCAUGGCAAGUGAAACGUCUUCAUACUUGAAGAAGUUUGUGAUCGACAUUGUAUACGGGUUCUUGAGACGAAACUGUCGCCGUCCAGCAACUUCACUUGGGGUACCUCACACCUCUCUAAUCGAAGUUGGAAUGGUUUAUCGGGUCUAACAUCAUAUGGUAAAAUUGUUGGGCCUGUUGCAUUCUUUCUUUGCAACCAGGGAACAUGGAAUAGAGGUGGAUUGACUUCUUGUAGGCAGGGGGGUUGUUAGUGAGAAUUCAGGGUGUGAUUCUUGUGGGUUAAUGCUGGUGGAAAAGGUCUUAGGAAACUACUUGUGUUGGUGAAUAGAAGACAAAAGUGGGAGAGGCAUCUUGUCUUACAGGGAAAAUUGAUAACAAAGAACAGGGUUAUAGAAAGAACUACACUGAUUGCAAUUAAUUGUUCACGGAUGAGGGAAUGACACUUGGUGUACAUGUUUCUCUGUUUUAUAGAGAGGGCAGUUUUAGGAGGCUAGGAGCAUUGCAAACUUGAGCUAUGUAACUAAAGAAUUGCGUGUUAUUAUGAAAUUUUCAUUCUGCCCCC